AUGGCAUCCCCCAGAACCCUGGACCAGAACAGUACACUAUAUCAGGAACGGCAGCCCAUCCCCCAGAACCCUGGACCAGAACAGUACACUACAUCAGGAACGGCAGCCCAUCCCCCAGAACCCUGGACCAGAACAGUACACUACAUCAGGAACGGCAGCCCAUCCCCCAGAACCCUGGACCAGAACAGUACACUACAUCAGGAACGGCAGCCCAUCCCCCAGAACCCUGGUCCAGAACAGUACACCACAUCAGGAACGGCAGCCCAUCCCCCAGAACCCUGGACCAGAACAGUACACUACAUCAGGAACGGCAGCCCAUCCCCCUGGACCAGAACAGUACACUACAUCAGGAACGGCAGCCCAUCCCCCAGAACCCUGGACCAGAACAGUACACUACAUCAGGAACGGCAGCCCAGAACCCUGGACCAGAACAGUACACUACAUCAGGAACGGCAGCCCAUCCCCCUGGACCAGAACAGUACACUACAUCAGGAACGGCAGCCCAUCCCCCUGGACCAGAACAGUACACUACAUCAGGAACGGCAGCCCAUCCCCCUGGACCAGAACA